GGCACCGUAAAGGAGAGCGGCAGUGUCGUAAAAGGCAGCAGGAGAAGGGGAGAAAUAAAUAAAGAAGGGAAUAAAGAAGUGAAGGAAGCGGCGGAGAACGGGCUUAAGGCCGCGCUGCCCCCUGCGAGACGUGCGAGCCCUGCGUGCCGAGGUCAGAGGCUGUCCCCGUGCCCGGGUGAGGGUGGAAGGCGGCCGGGGAGCAGCGGUGCUGUGGGCUGCGGGGUUUCUGAGCGCGGAGCUCCGCCUGGGUCUGUGAGCCUCAGCGCUGCUCUGGAGGUCUGGAUUUUUUUUGCCCGCUGGAGAAAAACAGAAAACAGCCUGGAGCGCCUCUCUCCACUCCUCUCUCCUGCCUGCCCGCUUUUAGUUUAUUAUUAUCAUUAUUAAUGAGUUUUUAAUGGCCUGCAGGACUCCUCAGCUCAGCUCCUCAGUCCUGCUGGUGCGGGUUUGAGAGCUGACCUUUCCUCCAAAGCUGUGCUUUUACUGAAGGAAUAAAAGGUGGACAGAAGAAGAAGCCUUAAACAAAGCCUUAAACAAACAGAGAAAAAGACAGAAAAAAAGAUCAGCCGGCCGUCCAGUAGAGGUUCUGACCCCAGCAGGGCAUGUGGUAUCCAUCAGGCACACGGAUACCUGCUUCCAGCAGCGCUUAUACUGGGAAAUAACCAGCGCAUUUGGGAUUUUACUUCACGGAUGAGGCGCCAAGACCCUUAUCUUCAGCCAGGAAUUCCUCACAUGAUGUGGAAGUGAGGGUACUGACUUUGGGUUGUUUUUGCCUUCUCCAGCCUGCAUGCAGAAUGGCAUCCAGCGAGAGACUGUACGAGGUUUGGAUGCUGUACUGCAACAAGAGGGAUCCUGAUUAUCUCAGGCUGUGGUUGGAGAUCUUUAUCAGCUCCUAUGAUCGAUGCCUGGAUGUGGAUUUCGAAAAACCACCAAGCAGGUUGGAGGAAGUUCCUCCUGUCAUCUCCCUGCUGCCUGAUAAUAUCUUGCAGGUAUUGCGGGUGCAGCUGCUUCAGUGUGUUCAGAAGGCCUCGGCUGGACUGGAACAGGAACAGCAACAUCUUGCCCUACUGUUGCUUAAAUUCCUCAUCAUCAUCUGCAGGAACCUGUCUAAUGUGGAGGAGAUCGGCACCUGCUCCUACAUUAAUCAAAUCAUCACCAUGACAACGCUCUACAUCCAGCAGCUGAAGAGUAAGACAAAAGAGAAAGAGUUGGCAGAUCAAACUCAAGCCGAGGAAUUUGUUCGCCAUGCUUUGGCAUUCUGCGAGAGUCUAUAUGACCCAUAUCACAACUGGAGACAUCGAGUACAUGGGCAGCAGCUGAGUGCCGUAGAGAAGAGCAGACAGAAGUUUAAAGCGGCUCCCCUCACUGUGGAAUUUGUUCCUUUUUUCUACCAGUGUUUCCAGGAGAGUGUGCACCUGAAGGACAGUCUGAAGUGUUGUCUGCUGCACCUGUUUGGGGCUAUAGUUGCAGGAGGGCAGCGUAACGCUCUGUUGGCGAUCUCUCCUGCCACUCUGGAGGUGCUGCUGGCAGUGCUGGGGGAUGGGGAGUGUAUGGGUGUUGUUAGUGAUGGGGAGGACUGGGACAGCGAGGCUCCCGAUCGUAAGGCCCUGCUGACCCUGGCCUGCCUGCGCGAGGUGGUGCACAGCCUGCUGGCCAGCAGCUCGGACCAGCGACAAGUGGAAAUCAGCUCUGUGCUCGAGAGCUACUUCAAACUGCUCAACUCAGACCCCGCCGCCUCCGCACAGGUCAAAGGUCGCCCGGCCCCGCCUCGCUCACGCCACUGGGAGAGCCGCUUCGUGGCUCUGCAGGUCAACAUGCUCGAAACUAUCCAGGAUAUGUUUGAGUGUUCUGACAGGCCCGUCCUGCAAGCCAUCUUCCUCAACAGCAACUGUUUUGAGCACUUGACUCGUCUGCUACAGAACAGCAAGUUGGUAAAUGCUAGGUGCACUUCAGCAGACAAGGAGCAGAAAGAUUUAACCAACAGGUUACUGACAGGAGAGAGUGAGACCCAGGUGUUUCAAGGGAGGCUGGAUUCUCUCGCUGUGGCAACAAUUAAAGCACUUACAACAGUGAUGCACAAAUCCCCAGCUGCUAAGGAGGUGUUCAAAGAGAGGAUUGGAUACACACACCUGUUUGAGGUACUUGUCUCUCUGGGCCAGCCGUCCAGGCAUCUUUUGAAGGAACUUAUGAACAUGGCAGUGGAAGGUGAGCAUUCCUCAGUGGGUCUAUUGGGCAUCAGUAAUGUUGACCCUCUCCUGCUGUUGAUCCAGUGGCUGCCGGAGCUGGACUCUUUGGAGCUGCAGGUAUUCACAGCUGAUUGGCUGAGGCGGAUCUGCGGUCUGAACCGGCGUACCCGGGCCACCUGCGUGAACGCCCGCAUGUCCGUGCGUCUUCUCUCCACCCUGGAAAAGCAGAUGCGGCUCCACCGGGCCUGCGGGGAGAGUCUCGUGGCUCUGCUGGGGUCGCUGGGGGGUCAGUCUCUGAGCGGCUCUGAACUGCAGCAGCUGCUCAGUUUCCUCCAGCAGGAUGACCCGGGCAGGCCGCAUCCGUACGUCGGCCCUGUGCUGCGUGCCCUGCUGGCCAUGCUGAGGAAACACGGCCUUGACAGCGCCAUGCAGUAUUUCGAUCUGACUCCGCCCAUGGCUGGUAUUGCUGUUCCUACGGUAAUGCGCUGGCCAGGCUCCGCCUUCAGCUUCCUCGCCUGGCUCUCAUUGGACCAGGAUCAGCUGGGGCCACCUAGUAAAGGAGAGAAGAGGAAGCAAUUGUACAGUUUUUUCACACCAGGGGGCACGGGCUUCGAGGCGUUUAUCAGCUCCGCCGGGGCGCUGGUGGUGGCUGUGUGCAGUAAGAAGGAAUACGUCACGGUCAUGCUGCCGGAUUACUGCUUCUGUGACUCACUGUGGCACUUUAUUGGCGUGGUCCACGUUCCUGGAAAAAGACCAUUUGGCCAGAGUCUGGUCUACAUUUAUGUUGAUGGGCAACAGAAACUUUCAGCACCUCUGAAAUACCCGACUAUGACUGAGCCCUUCACUUCCUGUUGUAUCGGCUCUGCUGGUCACCGCACCACCACCCCUCCUCCUUCUCAGAUUCCUGACCCUCCGCUCUCCGGCGCUCCCUCUGGCCGCUCUUCUCUGGGUGGUAUCCUCUCCCCACAGACGUGGGGGGGCCUGCUGGGGGGGAAGCCCGAGUCCCUCACUAAACUGAUCUCCGCUGGGACUCAGGACAGCGAGUGGGGCAGCCCGACCUCACUACAGGGCCAGCUGGGCAGCGUCAUGGUGUUUCACGAGGCUCUGCAGAUCAACCAGCUCAAAGCCCUGUUCACUGCAGGGCCGAAUUGCAUUUCCCCAUUUAAGAGCCAGGAGGCGGAGCUGGGAGAUCUUUCCUCGAAACUCCUCCUACACUACUCGCCUAAGGCCUGUAGAAACCCCAUCUGUUUGGACUUGUCCCCCAACCUGCUGCACGGGCGUUUAACUGGGAAUAAAGUGGUGAACUGGGAUGUGAAGGACAUGAUUAACUGUGUCGGAGGGCUACCUGUGCUUUUCCCCGUCCUGGAGCAACUGACCCUGCUGACCCCGGACCCCAGUGACACCUCAGGGUCAGAGUUCAUCACCCCAGAAACAGCCACACCUGCUGAUGGAGACUGGGUCAUACUGCCUUCGAACAGAGCCUCAGAGGCCCGUUUGGAGAAAAAUCUUGCCGCCACGUUCCUGUUGGUGAUUAAGCACUUUCUUCAGAGACACACAAUAAACCAGGAAACAUUGCUGCACUGCCAUGGAGCUGCUACACUGGGGGCACUGCUGCAGAAGUUGCCUGCAUGGCAGGUGGAUGUGAGUGUGUUAGUUGCGGUACAGUUGCUGAUUGAGCAGGUGACAUUUGAGAAGAACCCACAGCUCCUGCAGCAGCUCCACACACACCUGCUCUUCAACUUCAACAUCUGGAACCAAGGAGACUUCCCCCUGCGCAUCGGUCACAUCCAGUACAUGUCCACCGUCAUCAAAGACAGCAGGAAGCAGUUCAGAAAGAAGUAUGGAGUCCAGUUUCUGCUGGAUACGAUCCGCCUUUACUACGGCAGUGGGAACAGAGAGGGGGAUCUGAGUGAGGACGACAUUCGAACCAUUAGAGCGUCUCUUUGUGGCCUUCUCAAGUAUUACAUCAGCAAAGGCACCACCCAGGAGGAGGUGCAGAGCAUCCUGGGAUACAUCGCUGCCAUUGGAGAUGAGGAGCAGUUGUGCAGCUUAUUGGAGCUUUUGCUCUCCCUGCUCCACACGAGUCCGGUGCGGGACCAGCUCUUCCUGCUGCUGUUCGAGCCUGGAGCAGCAGACUCCUGCUACGCUCUGCUUCUCAACCAGAAAUACAGCGACCGCCUCCGGGAACUCGUCUUCAAGGUGUUUGAGCGGAUGCUGAAGUGUGACCGUGUGUAUGAGAAGAGUAAGCAGCGGUUGAGGCUGAGGGAGAUGGGAUACUCAGGCCUUACACUCCUCUUCUCAGACAGUCAGAUCACCCCCAGCCUCGUGAAGUGCCUCAUCAACCAAGUGCUGCACACAGACACUGUGGUGAACUAUAAGGAUCUGAUGGCUCUUGUGCAGCUGACCCAUCGGGCCGGACCCAGCAUCCGCCUGCUCGUCUGUAAGAGGUUAUACUCACUGCUCCAGUCACAGCCAGAUGCGGCGCUGCAAAUUUCCCGGCAGCUGUGCUGGCAGGACACGCUAAUGAGAGUGUUGGUCCGGACCCCCGGGACAGAUGGGAGCACAGGCUCUGGCCGGGGUGAUUCGGCCAGCCUGGGCAGCCUGGAGCUCGGCCGUAGCAGCGCAGGAAACAGGCUAGAACCUCCAAUAGACCGCAAAGUGCCAUCGAACAGCAUGGGGAAGCUGAAUGAUGAGAGAGACAGCGUUUCAGACAGCAGGUCUAUAGACAGCCUGGACAACGGAGACAUGCUGUCCCUCACUGAGACGCCAGGGGACGCUCCGUUUAACUACUACGUAAAUAAAUCACCAAAGGCCGGGAAAGCUGGGGGCCUGAGUUUGGAUCUUUCCCAGAUGCACCUAUUUGAUCAGGGGGACAGCGGAAGUCAGACCCCCGGCAGCAUGCCCAGUACGCCCUCACCUCUCGAGAACGCCAAGCCUUUCCCUGGAGCCCCAGUGGAGCGAGAGACAGCCUCCUCCCUGUCUGAUGACAGCUUCCUUUUCAGUGAUAACGUCUCUCUGGGAGAGUCUUUUAACAAUGCUGAGGAGGAGUUGUGGCGGAUACUGUUGGAGAUUGUGCUGUGUGUGAUGUGGCGUGGCGUCGGGGGUUCAGACGAUACCGCCUGGAUGGAGAGAGGACAGGUGUUCUCCGCCCUCACCAAAUUGGGCACUGCCAAUGAACUGCUGCUCCCUGUCGACCACAUUAAAAACAGUUUGUUAGAGAGGAUGUUGGAGUGGGCAGUAAAUGAUAACCGUGAGUCCACAGCAGUCACUCUGCCCCAGCACACGGAGAAUGCGGUGCGUCUGCUGCACGUGGUACAGGAUUUCCUGCAGGCUGAGGGUUUGGUAAACCCUGCACUGUGGACAGAGAAAGUUCUGGAAGAGACAGUUACUCUGAUGGAUGGUCUAAUGGUGUGGUACACAGCCGGGUCACAGUGGCUACAGCUUUCUCAGGUCGGGCUCAGGCUGCUGCUCGGAUUUAUGGCACAACCCGAUCCUCAGGUGUGUGCCAUGGCGACAGCUAAGCUGAAUGGGAUUCUGCAGACGAAGAGUAUAGAGUCUCAGGAUGAAGCGUGCUUCCUGCUGGGCAGAGUGGAGGGCAUCCUCAGGCGCUCCAUCAGCGAACAGAAAGAGGAGACGUACUCUUUCCUCGUUCCCCUGCUCCGGACACUUCUCUCCAAAGUGCAUAAACUUCUCUACAUGGAGCUCCACCUGCCCUCACUGCCUGAUACCAAUGGCAGCCCGUCUUUCUUUGAGGAUUUUCAGCUCUACUGCAACUCCCCCGAGUGGAGGGUCUACCUCGAUAAAUAUAUCAUUCCUUAUAUGAAGCAGUAUGAGAUUGAGACCUUUAGCCAAGGCCACGAGACCAUGGCACUAUACUGGAAGGACUGCUACGAGGCCUUUAUGGUUAACCUGCACCGCAGAGAGAGAGAAAAGGGCGAGAGCAAGAUUCGCUUCCAGGAACUGUUUGUGGAGGCUUUUUCCCGCCGCAGCCGGCAGGAGAAUCUGCGGUAUAACAGCAUGCUGAAGCAGAUCCACAUGCAGAACAGUGCCAUCCUCAGGCAGUGGAAGGCAGCGCGCAGAGAGCUCAUGUCUGAGAGAGGACCGUGGGUGGACAAGAAGCAAAAAGAGAUGCACUGGAAGUUAUCCAGUGCUGAGAAUUAUUCCCGAAUGCGUCUGAAGCUUGUGAGGAAUUAUAACUUUGACACUCACAGAGAGGCCAGCGCUCUGCGGGAUAACCUAGGUGUGCAGCAGCAGCAGGUGAACACUGAGUCUCUCCUGUUGGAGGCGGUGAAGCAGGUUAAGGUCAGUGACCUGGAGGAGGAAAUACUGGAAUUACCAGAGGAGGAACAAACUGGGAACACACAAGUGGAUGACGAGGACGCGAAUCAGAAGGAGAAGUUGGUGAUGUCAGAGGACUGUGAGCUGGUCACUGUGGUGGAUGUGUACCCUGGCCGGUUGGACAUCACCACUCACCACAUCUAUUUCUACGACAGCAGCACAGAAAAAGAAGAGGGUGUGGGGCAGGACUUUAAAUGGCCGCUGUCUCAGAUCAGAGAGAUUCACCUGCGCAGAUACAACCUCCGACGCUCAGCACUGGAGAUCUUCCUCAUCGACCAAACUAACUACUUCCUCAACUUUAAGAAGGAGGUGCGGAAUAAAGUGUAUAGUCGGAUGCUGCUGCUUUGCUCUCUCCCUCUCCACGGCACUCGCUCACCCCAGGAGCUGCUCAAGGCCUCUGGACUCACACAGAAAUGGGUGAACAGGGAGAUCUCUAACUUUGACUACCUGAUGCAGCUGAACACCAUCGCAGGGAGAACCUACAACAACCUGGCUCAGUAUCCUGUGUUUCCCUGGAUCCUGGCAGAUUACACCUCCGAGGAGCUGGACCUCUCUGACCCACGCGUGUUCCGAGAUCUCUCCAAACCCGUGGCCGUCCUGAACGAGAAGAACGCGAAGGCAGUGAGAGAAAAAUAUGAAAGUUUUGAGGACCCUACAGGUACUAUAGACCGUUUCCACUAUGGCACUCAUUACUCUAAUGCUGCAGGAGUGAUGCACUACCUCAUCAGAGUGGAGCCCUUCACCUCCCUGCACAUACAGCUUCAAAGUGGCAGGUUUGACUGUGCAGACAGACAGUUCCACUCCAUCCCCGCCACCUGGCAGACCCUGAUUGAUAAUCCCAAUGACGUUAAAGAGCUCAUACCAGAGUUCUUCUACUUCCCAGAAUUCCUUGAGAAUCAGAAUGGCUUUGACCUGGGUCGCCUGCAGAUAUCUAAAGAGCGUGUGAAUGACGUAGUUCUGCCAAAAUGGGCCAAAUCUCCUGAGGACUUCAUUUACAAGCAUCGCAAAGCACUGGAAUCAGAGUAUGUUUCAGCACAUCUGCACGAGUGGAUCGAUCUGAUCUUCGGUUAUAAGCAGAGAGGCCCAGCUGCUGUAGAGGCCCUCAACGUCUUUUACUACUGCACAUAUGAAGGCGCUGUAGAUUUGGACGCUAUUACAGAUGAGAAGGAGAGAAAAGCGUUAGAAGGAAUGAUCAGCAACUUCGGCCAGACGCCCUGCCAGCUGCUGAAGGAGCCCCAUCCUGUGCGUCUGUCUCUAGAGGAGCUGGAAAAGAGGAAGUCUCGGUUGGAUUCAUGCCCACUAAAUGUCUUCGAACACCUCACUGAACUCAAGUCAUUCUUUGUGGAGGGAAUCAGUGAUAAUUGUGCCCUGGUGAAAGCUGUAGUUCCAAAGAACCAGUCCCACUCCUUCAUCUCCCAGGGUAGUCCAGACACUCUGGUAACGGUGAGCCAGAAUUGCCUGAUAGGAGCUCAUGGCUGGUUGCCUUACGAUAAAACCAUCUCAAACUACUUUACUUUCAUCAAAGACCCCACAGUGGCAAGUCCUAAGACGCAGCGGUUUCUGGCCGGGCCGUUCUCUCCUGGUGUGGAUGUCACUGCCAGGCUGUUUGUGGUUUCUCAUGAUGGAAAGCUGCUGUUUAGUGGAGGACACUGGGACAACAGUCUGAGAGUGACAUCCCUGCUAAAGGGCAAAACUGUGGGACAGUACAUCCGUCACAUGGAUAUAAUAACCUGUUUGGCCACUGAUUACUGUGGGAUCCAUUUGAUCUCUGGCUCUCGGGACACUACGUGUAUGGUGUGGCAGGUGCAGCAGCAGGGUGGAGCUCCGGUGGGUCUGAGCCCUAAGCCACUACAGGUCCUGUAUGGACACACAGAUGAAGUGGUUAGUGUGUGUAUCAGUACGGAGCUGGACAUGGCUGUUUCUGGAGCACGAGAUGGCACUGUGAUUAUACACUCUGUGCGGAGAGGUCAGUACAUGCGUUCGCUUCGGCCUCCCUGCGAGAGUACACUACCUGUGUCCAUUCCACACCUGGCGGUGUCAUGGGAGGGGCAUGUAGUGGUGCACACCUGUGUGGAGGGUAAAGCUACGCUAAAGGAUAAAAAUGCACUGCACCUGUACUCUGUGAAUGGGAAGCACCUGAGCAGUGAGCCUCUGAAGGAGCAGGUGACUGACCUGUGUGUGUCAGGAGAAUACAUAGUCAUGGGCAGUGAACAGGGCUUUCUGUCCAUCAGAGAUUUAUACAGCCUGGCGCUCUGUGCGUCUCCCAUGGCGAUGCGGGUGCCGAUCCGAUGUGUGUCUGUGACGAAAGAACAGUCGCACAUGCUGGUGGGGCUUGAAGACGGAAAGCUGAUCUUGGUGGGGGUGGGAAAACCGGCGGAGAUGCGAUCUGGUCAAAUCACAAGGAAACUCUGGGGCUCCAGUAAACGCCUGACUCAAAUCUCAUCUGGAGAGACGGAGUAUCCCACACAAGAGCACCUCUGAUCCCUAAACCCCGCCCUGUCACCCCCUCCCCACUGCCC